AUGGAUAGAACAAUCAGUAGGUACCAACGUAACACUAAGUAUCAGAUAAGCAUACUGCAAAUAAAAAAAACUAUGUCAUUGGCCUCUGAUUUUUUAAAACCCCAAACUUCAGAAGAUUUGUGGUCAAAAUUGAAAAACUCUACAAAGCAAUUAGCCUCUAAGACUGAAAAAGAUGGUGACACAAUAACAACUACUAUUAUACAUGAGGCUUUAGUACAUUACUACAAAAAACAAGAGCCAUUCCAAGGAUUUCCGGGUUGGUUAGGGCAUAAAGAGGAUCUUCCAGAUGAACAAAAAAUUUUAAAAAAGCAAACAGAGCAAUUAGCAAAACAAUCAAAACCCUCAAAAUUAAAAAACUUUAAAGAGGCCACCUCAGAUUAUAUGGCUGCACACUCUUCUCCCUUAUCUACACAUCACCAUCAUCAACAUAUGAGUCAGGGUAGUCCUCACCAACGUUUGACCAGAAGUGAGAAUGGCCUAUCAAGAGGAAGAAAAACUGCAGGUAUGGGCUUCCGUUCUAUUUAUCAAUCACAGAAUGAUGAUGUUACAAAUUUGUUACCUCUAGAAACACCACCAACAACAACAAGACAAGGACAGAUGUCUCCAAACUCUUCUAACGUUAAUCCGUAUAUGAGUAUGGGCAAUGACACUCAGCAUUAUCACAAGAGUCCCAGUUGGAGUUCUUCUAAUAACACACAAAUUAAUUCCCCAGCAAAUUCCACGUCUGCUUCACCACAAAGCUCUUCUGAUAUAAUGAGCGCACGUUUAAAGAGAAGGACUGGCAGAAACCCACUUUGA